UGAGACGUGAAGGUAUCAGGUGCUCUUGGUGCGCCGCCGCCGCCGCUCGCUCGCUCGCCGCUUUUGGAUAUGCGCCGCUGAAAGUGAAAUUAUUAUCCUCGCCGCGCUCUACGACAAUUCCAAGUUCUGAUCUGCUUUUCGAGCCUUUUUCACGUACACUCGAUUUUUAUCUAAUCGCGGCAAGAUGCAGCGGGCAAAGUUUAUGGACAAACUCAAAAGUGGAUACCUUAGGAAGUGGUGGUUGGUGAUUUUGGUGUCGUUGGUGCUGUUGGCAUUCGGCGCCGUUGUAGCUGUCUUUUUCUCGUCAUGGGUACAAUUCUUUAUAGGACAUGAAAUAGUGUUGCGAGAUGGCUCGAGAACAUUCAAGUGGUGGCAGCAGCCGCCAGUCAAACCAGUCAUCAAGAUCUACAUCUACAACGUGACUAACGCCGAUGAAUUCCUUAUCGAUGGCGCAAAACCAAUUGUCCAGGAGCUGGGACCUUACGUCUACAGGCAAGAAUGGGAGAAGGUGAACGUGAGUUUCCACGACAAUAUGACGGUAACCUUCCAGCAACGCAAGGUGUUCUACUUUGACGCCGAGGCAUCCGCUGGAGACGAAGAGGACAUGGUCGUUGUCCCCAACAUUCCCAUGCUGAGUGCCACCUCGCAAAGCAAGCACGCAGCUCGCUUCCUGCGACUGGCGAUGGCCUCCAUCAUGGACAUCCUUAAGAUUAAGCCUUUCGUCGAAGUGAGCGUUUCCCAACUGCUCUGGGGAUACGAAGAUCCUCUUCUCAAGCUGGCCAAGGACGUCGUCUCCAAGGACCACAAACUGCCUUACGAGGAGUUCGGCCUUUUCUACGGCAAAAACGGCACCUCAAACGACAUCAUGACAAUUUUCACCGGCAAGGGCGACAUCACGCGCUACGGCCUGGUCGACCGCUGGAACGGCAAGACCCACUUGCCCCACUGGAAGUCCGACAGCUGCAACCGGCUCAACGGCAGCGACGGCUCCAUCUUCCCUCCCAACAUCACGCCCAACACUACCCUGUACGUCUGGGACAAGGACAUGUGCCGUCUGCUUCCCCUCAAGUUCCAAAAGGAGGUGGUCACCAACGGUGACGUCCUUGGCUAUCGCUUCUCGCCCGCCGACAACGUCUUCGGCGACCCUGAGCACAACCCUGAAAACGAGUGCUUCUGUCCCAACGGCCCCCCGUGCGCUCCCAACGGCCUUUUCAACGUCAGCGCUUGCCAAUACGACUCGCCAGUCAUGCUGUCCUUCCCUCAUUUCUACAACGCUGACCCUGCCCUACUGAACAUGGUUGAUGGAAUCAGUCCUCCUGAAAAAGAAAAGCAUCAGCUGUUCAUUGACGUUCAGCCGCAAAUGGGCACAACCCUGAGAGCAACAGCCCGCGUGCAGAUCAACCUCGCUGUGAGCCAGGUCAUGGACAUCAAGCAGGUGGCCACGUUCCCAGACAUAGUUUUCCCCAUUCUGUGGUUCGAGGACGUGAUCUCCGGUCUGCCGAGCGAGGUGACCGACCUGCUGCACCUGGCGACCAACGCUCCCGGCGUGGCCAAGUCGGCGCUGUCCUACGGCCUGUUCAUCAUCGGCGGCGUGCUCCUGGUGAUCUCAGUGUUCUGCCUGAUCAGGAACAGCAACCGCCAGGAAACGCUGACCCUGGAGUCGAGCACCCACUACGUUAACAAGCCGGCCAACCCGCGGCCGCCGCGCAACCUGAUCCCACCCUUCCCGACCAACGGCACCACCAAGAAGGAGCCCAUCGACGUCCUCAACCCCGGAUUCGUGGCUGACGGCAACGAUAUGUCGUGAGAACGCAAGACUUUUUGCAACCAGUUUCGAGCGAGAGAGAUGAGUCCUUCGUAAAAAUGCCAUGUGCCACCUUGUAUGGACAAUUGAGUCUCUUCAUUUUAGCUGGUGAUAUACGUUUUUUGGCAGGAAUUAAAUACAUGCAUGAGACCAAGUAAUUUUUUUUUAUUUUUUAAUUAUUUUUUGCGGAAGUUUAUCACGGGUGAUUCUUUAGCAAUAUUUAAAUUUGAAAAUUAUCAAUCCAGAUUUUUACUGGAAGUACGAGUUGACGCAUAUUCAGAAUUUUUUGGUCUGCCUGGAUCUUCACGUGUGCAAUGAAAUUUCAGACGAAAAUUAAUUUUUAAACCAACUGGAUCUGGUUAAUACUGUAUAAAAGUGUUUGGAGAUGUUGUAAAUAUAGGAGAAUGUUUCCUCUUCUAAAUUGUUAGCAAAAAUAUUCAUGUAAAAUGACAUUAGCAGCAUAGGGACAGGACUAAUUUAAAUGUUUUGUAUUUAUAAAAAUAUACACUUACGCACUCCUCAAAUAAAAAUUAGACAGACAAUUUUGAGCCGACUUUGCAGCGACAGGACAAACUGUCGUGACCAGUGCCUUACUUGUAAUAUAUAGAAAUAAAUUUAGCGUGUUUUCUGUUUUCCUGACUAUACAAAAGCUCAAAUAUUUAUAAGUCUGCACAUCUAUGAACAAAUGUCAUCACAAAUUCACUAUGCUACUAUAUUGAGUUGUUCAAAGAGCGAUUGUUGUUUUGAUUUGAAAUUUCUAAUGAUGUUUUAUGAUAUGGCAGCAUGUCGUAAGUGUAAGGUGAUACUGCAGAUUUGUAUAAAAAAAUGUCAGACGUUUCUAAAUAAAAAUUUAGAAUUUUCCAAUUA